AUGUUGACGUCUCUGGCACCAGCCAACCCAAGAUCGAUCGUUUUCCUCCUCAGCCUCCUCUAUCUCCAAGCCUACACUGUUGACGCAGCCAUUUCAACCUCGGCAGGAUUCCCACAAGAUGUUUUCGCCAAGCCUGCAUUCCAAGUACGCUUGGGCGGUCUACUCAAAGAUACCUCCACCUUACCAAUCAAACGUACUGAUGCGGUGAGGAUCUUGGAGCAGCAGGAAGCUUCUUCUUCCUCCUCCUCAUCCAGCUUGUUCAAUCGCGAGACUUGGCAUUCACUCUCUGUACCGGGCAACUCCGAUUCAUACCCUUCCUACACGCAAGAAGGGAAUUCACGCACGUUGUUUUGGUCGCUCCAGCGAAGUUCACCUACUGAAUUGCAGCUCUGCUCUAUACCGGACUUCACUUACACUCCUGCUGUCAAACAACGUCGUGGAGCACCGACUCCGCCGCGGUCGAAGCAGCAACUCAUCCGGAACGCACAAGCGCUAUUGGAUCCGCUGAAGAAAGUGUGUCUCUAUCAUACGACAGAUUGGUUCACCUACAGCUUCUGCCACGGAAAAGAAAUCCGCCAGUUCCGGAGAUUGGGACCGCAGAGUGCGGCGCAUAAAGCGUUCAAGAAAGCAGGUGGAGGAGAGGCGGGGAAGAAAGCAGCGCUAGAAGCAGCGGAAAAGGUGAACAGCUUUGUUCAUCCUGUUGCUGAUCCCGAGUAUCCUGCUUUCAUUCUUGGGAGAUGGACGCCGCAGAGCGAAGAGAUUGUUGAUGAGAACCCCACUCAUCAGCAGCAGCCGGCUUUGGAAGAGUCGAAAGGUGUAUCAGCCGUAUCAUCUUCCAACUCUGCCAACCGCGGGGGAAUGGGGUCACUAGUCAACUCAGCAGGAUUGGAUCUCGUGGAAGAAGUGCAAUUUGGCGAUUGGGACGAGGAAGAGCUCUUCGCUGCUGAGGCAAAAGCUCUGUCUCAGUUCAAACACUCCGAUAGCGCGAUCGAGUCUUCCUCCGCCACGAGCAGCGGCGGCGAAUCGCAGAGGCACAGGCAUCUAACGCAGCGAUGGACAAAUGGAACGAUGUGCGAUAUGAACCAUCAACCGCGUACCGUUGAAGUUCAAUUCCAUUGUUCCAGCCGCAAACCACUCGAGGAUAGGAUUGUGAUGUUUAAAGAGACUACCAUUUGCAAUUAUGUGUUGGUUAUCGAGACUCCCAGGUUAUGCGCAGACCCAGCGUUUGGGAGCGAGACAGAAGACAAGCCGUUACCCAUAGAGUGUCAUAGGGUCGUAGAGGAUUCGUUUGGGGGUGCGACUUUGGGGGAUCCAAAGAAAGUUCAACCGGCCCUCGGCGAGAUUGAUGCAAAGGAGGCUAGUAAGAGUCAAGAGCAGGGGGAUGGGGAGGGGGAGGGGGAGCGAAAAGAGACGAGUAGUGCGGAAGAGGCAAGUUCGACGUCGCAUACAUUUGGGGAUCUGUCGAGAUAUGGAAGUGUACAUGAUGAUUUCUUCGAUGAGGCUCUGGGUGGGCAUGGUGCGUCGUUCCAUGAGUAUCAGGGUGAAGAGGGGUUGGAAGUGGGAGGGGAAGAGGAGGCCGAGAUAAUGGUGGAGGUUAGUAUGGAUGAGGAGGGGAGAGUGCAGGUGAACAAAGUCGUCGCCUCUUCCGAUUCCGCGACUAAUCCAGACGCGAAAGAAGUUCGGAGGCGAGAAGGCGGGAAGAAGCGCUCGGAUGAUACCACUAACGAGUCCGGAGAUGGGGAGGAAGAGGAAACGUUAGAGAUUCAGCUGGAUUUGGAAGAUUUGCCCUCCGUCCUUCGUGGUGAAGAAGGUGCAAGCUUGGAAUCAAAGUUGGCAGAACAGAUUUCAAAGGUGCUCAGUUCGAAGAUGCUGCAACAGUACGGAUCGUCAGACGCUGAAGACGGAGAGGAGGGGAAGCAAAAGAAGGAGAAGCAAAAGAAGGGGAAAGGCAAGGGUGAGACACCAGACGAACUUGCCAAAAUGUACAACAAGCUCAUGGCCGGUGUCAAUGGCGCUAAAGAGAUCAAGGGAUCGGGCAAGGUAAAGCAAGGCAAAGGCGCAGCAGGGAAACAACCUCGUCCAUUGAGAAUGGAAAAGGUGGGUGACAGUUUGAGUGAACGCGUGAAGCGGUUCUACGAUGCCAAAGAGCGAGAAGAAGGCGGUGACGGAGGCAAGAAGAAGGAGGCACCGCCUAUUGCCGAGCACUUGGAGCUUUGA